AUGGAGAAACUGUUCAUGAGCAAUGGAUUCCAGGUGAAGAUAGUUACCUAUGAAGAGAUCGCUGAAAGUUUAGGCGUUGUAUUACCUUCACAAGUAUACCAUGGCACUGUUAUGUUUAUUGCACAACAGCUCAGGCUUUCAGAUGAUCAUGUAAUAGCGUCUCUCAAUAAAGAUACACCACAAUUAAGUCUCAGCAUUCUCUGCAACUAA